AAUUGAAAAACUGUCUGUUUUGAAUCGUUGUUCAGAUGAAUACAGUUGAAGUGUUUGGUGUUCGUUUGCCUUUAUCAGUUGCCUGCUUCUUGUUUCAGUUCGUUACAUACCAUGUCACUUGUUGUAUUUUUGCUCUCUUAGACUACUACAAGCUUCUUCCAAGUUGCAAGUUGCAUAAUUCGGAUCAUAAAACGUAUACUCAGUUACUGCCUAGAGUUGUGUUCAAUCAGUUUGCUUUUUAUUUACCGAGCUUUGUUCUUUUACAAUAUUUGGGAAUCGCUUUUUGUUCAUUUGGGCCAAAAUUAUCGGUUUGGCUAUUUGUUGCAGAUUACUUGUUCUAUUCGUUCCUUCAAGAAAUCAUCUUUUACAGCGGUCACCGAUUCCUUUUGCACUCCAAGUGGGGAUUUCAACUUUUGGGACAUGAAUUGCAUCAUACUACAAAGGGUUCUGUGGCUGUCUCUCAACACUAUAUGGCUCCCAUAGACUAUCUAAUUGAAAUUGUUAUCACAAAUAUGCUUCCUUUCUUUUUCAUGAAGAAAACCAACAUAUAUUUUGAGCUUUUUGUCAUCACUUUAAAUACAGUUACGGGUCCUUGGGAUCAUAGUGGCUAUAAAUAUCCCAUCGGUGAAUCUUCUUUUGCGCAUUCGAUGCACCAUCUUCGCUCUUCUUGUAGCUUUGGUGGAAGCGCCGCAUUUACAGAUUGGAUCUUAAAGACAGCUUAUUAUUUCUAUGGAUACACUAAUCUUCCAAAGAUUAAGGAAAGCAAGUAGCCAACUAGCGUUUCAAAGGAUGAUGAAUCUGAAAGAAAGUUUCUUCUAUGAGUUGAUAAACUUGCGACUGUGUUGUUUUUCCAAUUUCUAUUAAACAAUAUGCAUCAGUUGUGAUUCUUCAGUUUCUGCUUCUGCUUAGUUUGUAUCAG